GGAGCGGCGGGUUCGGCGGGUGCUCCAGCUGCCGUCCGCUCCGCCCGAAUCGCCGAGGAGCCGAGCAGAGAGGCCCGCCGUCCUCCUCCUCCAUGAGGGCCGAGUGAGCGCGGCGGCGAGAGCCGGCCCGCGGCGCCUCCCCCCGCGUCCUCUCCCGAGCGCAGCGGCAGCGGCCCCCGGCGGCGGCGGCGGAGGCGGAGGAGGAGGAGCAUGUCGGACGGUUUCGAUCGGGCCCCAGGUGCUGGUCGGGGCCGGAGCCGGGGCCUGGGCCGCGGAGGGGGCGGGCCUGAGGGCGGCGGUUUCCCGAACGGAGCGGGGCCUGCGGAGCGGCCGCGGCACCAGCCGCCGCCGCAGCCCAAAGCCCCGGGCUUCCUGCAGCCGCCGCCGCUGCGCCAGCCCAGGACGGCCCCGCCGCCAGGGGCCCAGUGCGAGGUCCCCGCCGGCCCCCAGAGGCCUCCCCGGCCCGGGGCGCUCCCAGAACAAACGAGGCCCCUGAGAGCUCCACCUAGUUCACAGGAUAAUAUCCCGCAGCAGAACUUGGAGUCAGCGAUGGCUAAACCCCAGGUGGUUGUAGCUCCUGUAUUAAUGUCUAAGCUGUCUGCGAAUGCUCCUGAAUUUUACCCAUCAGGUUAUUCUUCUAAUUAUACAGAAUCCUAUGAAGAUGGUUGUGAGGAUUAUCCUACUCUAUCAGAAUAUGUUCAGGAUUUUUUGAAUCAUCUUACAGAGCAGCCUGGCAGUUUUGAAACUGAAAUUGAACAGUUUGCAGAGACCUUGAAUGGCUGGGUUACAACAGAUGAUGCUUUGCAAGAACUUGUAGAACUCAUCUAUCAACAGGCCACGUCUAUCCUAAAUUUCUCUUACAUGGGAGCUCGCCUGUGUAAUUACCUGUCCCAUCAUCUGACAAUUAGCCCACAGAGCGGCAACUUUCGACAGUUGCUGCUUCAAAGAUGUCGGACCGAAUAUGAAGUUAAAGAUCAAGCUGCAAAAGGCGACGAAGUGACUCGGAAACGAUUCCAUGCGUUCGUCCUUUUCCUGGGAGAGCUCUAUCUCAACCUGGAGAUCAAGGGAACAAAUGGACAGGUGACAAGAGCGGAUAUUCUUCAGGUUGGUCUUCGGGAGUUGCUGAAUGCCCUCUUUUCUAAUCCUAUGGAUGACAACUUAAUUUGUGCAGUAAAAUUACUAAAGUUGACAGGGUCGGUUUUGGAAGAUGCCUGGAAGGAGAAAGGAAAGACUGAUAUGGAAGAAAUCAUUCAGAGAAUUGAAAAUGUUGUCCUAGAUGCAAAUUGCAGCAGAGAUGUGAAACAAAUGCUCUUGAAGCUUGUAGAACUCCGGUCAAGUAACUGGGGUAGAGUUCAUGCAACCUCAACAUACAGAGAAGCAACACCUGAAAAUGAUCCUAACUAUUUUAUGAAUGAACCAACAUUUUAUACCUCUGAUGGUGUUCCUUUCACCGCAGCUGAUCCAGAUUACCAAGAGAAAUACCAAGAGUUACUUGAAAGAGAAGACUUUUUUCCAGAUUAUGAAGAAAAUGGGACAGAUUUAUCAGGGGCUGGUGAUCCAUACUUGGAUGAUAUUGAUGAUGAGAUGGACCCAGAGAUAGAAGAAGCUUAUGAAAAGUUUUGUUUGGAAUCAGAGCGUAAGCGAAAGCAGUAAAGAUAAAUUUCAACACAUCAGUUUUAUAAAGCAGUUUAGGUUAUGGUGAUUUAGCAGAACACAGGAAAAUGUGUCACACUUAUACCAAAUUAAGGAUGUUGAGUUAUGUUACUAAUGUAUGCAACUUUAAUUUUGUUUAACACUAUCUGCCAAAAUAAACUUUAUUCCCUAUAACUUAAAAUGUGUAUAUAUAUAUAAUAGUUUAUUAUGUACAGUUAAUUCCACUGUUUUGGCUGCAAUAAAAUCGAUUUUGAAAUAAAUGAAAUGUUGAAAGUAAA